AAUUAACUCUAAAACAAUUAUCAGCUGAUUAAUUAAACUCUGCUUUUGCCCCCAAUUAAAGCAAAGUAUUCAUGUACUUAAUCACCCAUGAUUCCCCUCCCUCUCUACUCUACCCUAAUUUUCUCUCAAAGCUGCCCACUUUUUGAUCACCACAUUACCAAAAGUCUAUCACUUGAACCUUCAAAUUUCUGUAUCGAGCCUCGAGCUCUCUCUCUAUGGCUGUUUCUUGUUUCUGAAUCUUUUCUGGGUCCCCUCUCUCUCUCUCUCUCUCUCUCUCCCCUCUGCCAAACUUCAUGGCUUGAAGCUUCUAUGCUUAGAACUUUGGCUUUGUAUACAAUUUUGGGUAAGUUAGAUCUGAGUUAGUUAGCCGACACAGACGUUCACCAUUCAUGAAACUCUGAAACUGAAAUCUUUCAUUUUGACGUUUCUCCUCAAUGCCAACGUAUCACUGUAAGCAUCUAUUUUUAUAAAAAGUAUACAUUUUUCCCCUGCCCUUUUGGCAAUCGUAGCUCCUCAAUUUCCAAGUUCUGUAAUUUAUGCAAUUUUGAUCGAAACCCAUGUUUUUUAUUGCUGAAAAUUGUGAACCCCCGCCUUUGAUGUUAUUCAUUUGCUGAUUAAAAUGGCGUUUUGGGUUCGGUAACCGAACCUCCUUACUCCUCUUUAGCUCUAGAAUCUUCAGGAUAUAUGUGGGUUUUGAUUUGCAUUUGAUAAACCUUUCUGGGUUUGUGAGCUGAUAGAGUUUUAGGGUUCUAAGCCGAAGUUUAGUUAGACAGGAACCGUAAACGAGUAUGAGGAAGUAUGUGAAUCAUCACUCAGCAAGGGUGAUUGGGGAUAGGAAUUGGGUUAUUCCAUUCAUUACUAGCUUUAUCAUAUUCAUUACCCUCUAUUUCUCCGCCAUUUCCGGGCUCUUUACCUCCCCACACGAUGGAGAGAAUUUGUCAUUCGACAUUAUUCCCUUCGCAAAAUCAGAUGACCCAAGUGGGUAUUAUGUCGAAUCUGAUUUGAAAACAUCAUUGGACACCAAUGGGAGUUCCAAAAUUGGGGCACCUAGAUUUGCGUAUCUUAUAUCCGGCACAAGGGGUGAUAGUCAUAGGAUGAUGAGGACUUUAAGCGCGGUGUAUCAUCCAAGAAAUCAAUAUAUCCUGCAUUUGGAUCUUGAGGCUCCGCCUCGUGAAAGGUUGGAAUUGGCAAGUUUAGUGAGGGCUGAUCUUACUUUUCGCGACGUGGAGAAUGUACGUGUUAUGUCUCAAUCCAAUUUGGUGACUUAUAAGGGCCCUACGAUGAUUGCUUGUACUCUGCAAGCCAUUUCCAUUCUAUUAAAGGAGAGCUCAGAGUGGGACUGGUUUAUAAACCUCAGUGCAUCAGAUUAUCCUCUCAUGACACAAGAUGAUUUGCUUCAUGCUUUCUCCAAUCUUUCCAGAAAUAUCAACUUUAUUGAACACAUGCAGAUCACUGGAUGGAAACUGAACCAACGAGCAAAACCAAUCAUAAUUGACCCAGGCCUGUACUUAUCAAAAAAAUCUGACCUUGCACUGACUACUCAGCGCCGAUCACUUCCUACAUCAUUUAAGUUGUUUACAGGUUCAGCGUGGGUAAUGCUAACGCGAUCAUUUCUUGAGUAUUGUAUAUGGGGAUGGGAUAACCUCCCACGCACGAUCCUUAUGUACUACACAAAUUUUGUUUCUUCUCCGGAAGGCUAUUUUCAUACUGUUAUUUGCAACAAUGAGCAAUAUCGCCACACUGCAAUAAGUCAUGAUCUCCACUACAUUGCUUGGGACAGACCACCUAAGCAGCAUCCCAUCUCUUUAUCAAUGAAGGACUUUGACAAAAUGGUAAAGAGCAACGCUCCCUUUGCUCGAAAGUUUGCAAAGGAUGACCCAGUGUUAGACAAAAUUGAUAAAGAGCUUCUAGGUCGCACAAGCCGGUUUGCGCCUGGGGGGUGGUGCAUAGGCAGCCCUGAAGGCGGGGCUGACCCAUGCUCGGUGCGUGGUAAUGAUUCGGUGUUUAAGCCAGGUCCUGGUUCAGAGAGGUUCCAAGAGCUGCUUCACACACUAUUAUCCGAAGAUUUUCGAAGAAAGCAAUGUACAUGACAGAGCAGAGGUAAGAGUUGGAACAAAAGAACCCAAAUGUACAUUACUGUACCAUAUAUUUACAAGGCUGAUGUAAAAUGACAUUAAUUUUUUUUUUUUUUGUUUUUUGAGAAAUAUAAAUAGAAGAUGCGAGUUCACAAUA